AUGCCUUCCAGCUCCGGAAACCAGCCAAUCCCGGCCAAGAACAGCCCUUCGGCGGGCCAUCAUGACAUCCAAUCAGCUUUUGCGUCGUCCUUUCGCUCGGGGUCGCCUCUGGCACAGGAGAUGUUAGCCCGUGAUUUAGCGGAGUGCUCGGAUGAAGAUGGAGAGGUGCCUUUUGACACAGAGGCGAUCGAAGAGGGAGAGGACGACGAUGAAGCUGAUGCUCUUCCCGGGCCAACCCUCUACCGCCGGCCAAGCGGCAUCGCAUUUGGUACCACACGCCCCGCCUUUGGCCCGGGUGCGCUCGACGAGCCAGCCUUGCUCACUCGCACGGAACGCACCCGCAGCCGCGAUGAGGAGCGCUCUCUCCUCCGGGACAACCACAUCCUUCCUCCCAAACAUCAACAUCACCGUGCCCCGAAGAAGGGUCUUGCCGGCCAAGUCUCGGGCCUUUACAAGCGGCUCUUCAGCACGAAAGUGCGCCUUCCAGCCGGCGACGAGGAAUCACCUCACUCCCGGCACAAGCAGCACCGCGAUCGUGGCCUCGCCACCAGCCUGGACACGCUGUGCGCGCAGGCCUUCGGCUCGGGCCACAAGCAUCUUGUCGGUCUGCAGCUGCAGCGCAUGACCUAUUUCUUGUUGCUAUUACUGCUUCCCGUCGCUUUUGUCUGGCUGCACGCCGAGCCCAUCCUAGCGUCCAUGAUCGAAAAGGACAGCGCCGCGCUGGCCGCGAGCUACCUGCGCAUUGCCCUGCUGGGCACCCCGGCGUAUGCGGCUUUUGAGGGUGGCAAGCGGUUCGUGCAGGCGCAGGGCUUGUUCCAUGCCACUACGUACGUGCUGCUAGUGGCGGCGCCGACUAACAUGCUGCUGAACUGGUUGUUUGUGUGGAAGUUUGGCUGGGGCUUUGUCGGUGCCCCGACGGCUGUCGCUAUCACGCAGAACAUGCUGCCGAUGCUGCUCUUCUUGUAUGUGUGGAAGGUCGACGGCUCCCAGGCGUGGGGCGGGUUCAGGAGGAGCGCGUUGAAGAACUGGGGCCCGAUGAUCCGGCUGGCCCUGCCUGGUAUGAUCAUGGUCGUGGCCGAGUGGUUCGCUUUUGAGAUCUUGACCCUCGCGUCCGGUAGGAUGGGCGUUGAAUUCCUCGCGGCGCAGAGUGUGCUCGUGACGGUGACUAGCACGACUUUCCAAAUCCCCUUCCCGCUCUCCAUCGCUGGCUCGACUCGGCUGGCUAACCUCAUUGGGGCCAAGCUGGUUGACGCGGCCAAGACGUCGGCCAAAGUGACUAUUGUGGGCGGCGCAUUGGUAGGGCUGUUCAACGUAAUCCUCUUGUCGGUUUUUAGGUAUCACAUACCGUUGCUCUUCACACAUGACAGGGAGGUCAUCGAGCUCGUGGCCCGGACGCUCCCCGUUUGUGCCAUCAUGCAGCUGUUCGACAGCAUGGCGGCCGUCUCUCACGCAUUGUUGCGGGGCAUUGGCCGCCAGGAGUUUGGAGGCUAUGCCAACCUCGUUUGCUACUACCUGGUGGCGUUGCCCAUCUCGUUCGGGCUGGGGUUCGGCCUCGACUGGAAACUCAGCGGGCUCUGGAUUGGUGUCACGAUUGGGUUGUUGACUGUCUCGGUGGCCGAGUAUUGGUUUACAUGGCGUGUUGAUUGGCACCAGGCAGCUAGGGAAGCCGAGAGCAGGAAUGCCUCGGGGUAA